GCGGAAGUGAGAGGGUUCAACUGUUGUAUUGCAUGCUGUCACAUAUUGUGGGUGUGACAUUUUAAUAUUAGCCACACUUGUUUUGUAGUUUCCGUUUCUAUGAAAUAGAACGAAGAUGUGGAGCCUUCAAAGCCAGCUGUUCACCCUGUGCAUUGCUCUGAGCUGUGUGACGAGUGCAGCAGGGUUGAUCCAUGUGUCUGGAUAUGAAGGGAGAGAAGUUAAUGUCUCUUGUGGAUAUGGAGAGGGUUAUGAAUCUUAUGAGAAGUACCUGUGCAAGAACGACUGUGGCAAUGAUGAUGUUCUUAUUACGACGACAGAAACAAAGAAGAACAAAUACUCCAUCUAUGAUGACAAAAAGAAACGGGUCUUCACCACGACCAUCUCUGAUCUGAGUCUUAAGGAUGCUGGGAAAUACUGGUGUGGGGUGACCAGGAAUGGAAAGGAUAUCUACACUGAAGUAAAGCUGGAAGUAGUACAAGACAGCUGCUGUGACCGAUCCACCAAAGUCCAAAGUCAUGAGACAGGUUCAGUGUCCAUCAGUUGUCCAUAUGACUCUAAGUACCAGAACAACCUGAAGUACAUCUGCAGAGGAAACCAGCCCUCCACAUGUCUGCAGCAGGCAACAAUCACCUCUGACAGGAAACGAAACGGAGAGCUCAGACUCGAUGAUGACAACGAGUCGAGUAAAUUCACAGUGACCAUCACCGGUUUGACCCAAAAGGAUUCUGGGUUGUAUCUUUGUGGUGUCCAUAGAAGCACCGGCCUGGAUGUUUUCUCUGCUGUCGAACUAGAAGUCAAAGCUCAAACCUCCUUGUGUUUCACAGAGUGGUGCUGUGUGAAGUCAAAACAACUGAGCGGCAUUGUGGGACGUCCGUUUACUAUGCUGUGUCCCUAUCCACCACAACAUGGAGAUAACAGGAAGUUCCUCUGUAAGGGAGACCACCGCAACAACUGUACAGACGUGGUGACGAGUCAAAGCAGGUUCACACUGCAAGAUGAUGUUCCUUCCAGCUCUAUCUGGGUCACGAUCACAGAGCUGAAAGCAGGUGAUGCUGCGACAUACUGGUGUGGUUCAGACUCACAGUGGAGUGUUGGCAACUACACCAAGAUUCAGCUGUCAGUGGAUGCAGCGCUCUUUCACCCUGUAGUUUUCAUUGUGCUUGCUGUGCUGCUCAUACUGAUAUUUGCCCUGGUCAUGGUUUAUAAAUACAAAUGUUACAAAGCACGAGGAGCUGGAGUCAGCAUGAACAUGAACAAAACCAAGGCAGCAGAAGCAGAGGAAGUGAUCAGUGUUUCAGAUAUUUAUGAAAAUCAAGACGUUGUAGCUUGCUCAAAGCAGGGGACCUCCAAAGCGCAGAGCACCUGUAACCACUAUGAUGAUGCAGGUGAAGACCAGUCUGUGUACCAAAACUUCGACAUAACAGAGGAAAUCUACUGUAAUCAAGCGUACACUACAGCCAAUAAGAGAUGAACAGCAU